GUCAUCAAUCCGCUCACGUUCCCUGGCCGCCCCUUACCCCUAUUAAAUCUCCUGCUUGACUGCCCGGUUUCGGUGCGCACAAGUGAGAAGUGAAAGCAAUGAGAGAGCCCUCGAUCGGAACGUUUCUGCUCCUCACUUCGCCAUGGGCGUUGUUCUACUUGCACCUUGUUGUCACAGCCUCCUACGAGGGACCCUGGUACGAUUAUUCUGCUUACACUGAGUGUAAAUAUCAUCCUGAAGCUCCUCUUUACAAUGGAGGAGUUCUGGUGGACCGAAGUGGAAGAAUCCCCGUGGCAUACCACAAGACCGAGACUGGUGUUUAUGCUCCUGCCUUUCUGCUGUACAAUCUGACAGAAACCACAAGAUACAGUUUCUCUUGUUGGGUUAAAGCUAAGGGAACGGGUUCAGCUCUUGUGCGGGCGACGUUAUCUGCAGAGGGUUCGACGUUGAAUUGUAUCGGGACUGUCCUGGCGAGAAGCGGCUGCUGGUCAUUUCUCAAGGGUGGUUUCGUGCUUGAUUCCUUUUCCAGAUCCUCUGUUCUUUAUCUUCAGGAUGUUGAUGAGAAGAUGACUGAGAUUUCAGUUGCGAGUGCUUCGUUGCAGCCGUUCUCGGUCGAGCAGUGGUCGAUGCACCAACAGGACAGUAUUAGAACGAGAAGAAAGCGUGCGGUCACGAUUCAUGUUUCAGAUGAACAAGGGAACCUCAUCGGUGGAGCAUCAGUCUCGAUACGGCAAUCGUCGAGAGACUUCCCGCUUGGUUCGGCAAUCGCCAACACCAUCCUGGGAAACAAGCAGUAUCAGGAAUGGUUCGCCGAGCGAUUCAAUGCUGCGGUGUUCGAGAACGAGCUGAAGUGGUACGCAACAGAGCCGGAGCCGGGGAGACUCAACUACACUCUUGCAGAUGAGAUGCUGGAGUUCGUCGUGUCCAAUCAGAUCAUAGCCCGAGGGCACAACAUCUUCUGGGAAGACCCAAUCUACACGCCGUCGUGGGUCCGGAAGCUCAGCGGCGACGACCUCCGAGCGGCCGUCAGGUCUCGGAUAGAGAGCCUGUUGUCCAGGUACAGGGGCCAAUUUGUGCACUGGGACGUCAGCAACGAGAUGCUUCACUUCGACUUCUACGAGCAGCGGCUUGGAUCCAAUGCCUCCUCAGAAUUCUUCCGCACGGCACAACAAUCUGACCCGCUCGCGACGUUGUUCAUGAAUGAGUUCAACGUCGUGGAGACCUGCAGCGACGCGAGAUCCACCGUCGACUCCUAUAUUUCAAGGCUUAAGGAGCUAAAAAAUGGAGGGGCCGUUUUGGAAGGGAUCGGACUGGAAGGACACUUCUGGAGGCCAAACAUUCCGCUGAUGAGAGCCGUGCUCGACAAAUUAUCUACUUUGGAGUUGCCCAUUUGGCUGACGGAGAUCGACAUAAGCAAGAAGGUCGAUGCGCAAAAACAGGCUCUGUAUCUCGAGGAGGUGCUGAGAGAAGGAUUCUCCCACCCGUCCGUGGGCGGCAUCAUCUUGUGGACCGCACUCCAUCCAAAUGGCUGCUACCAAAUGUGCCUCACUGACCAAAGUUUCGGCAAUCUCCCGACGGGAGAUGCGGUGGACGAGCUCUUGAAAGAGUGGGAAACGACGGAGGGAGGGUUGACGGAUGAGCACGGACAAUAUAGCUUCAUUGGAUUCUUAGGGGAGUACAAGGUGUCUGUGGUGGCCGGAAACAAGUCCACAGAGACUUCACUGUUCCUUAGCCGAGGAGGCGAGACUAAGCAUGCUACAGUUCAUCUUUAAGGUUGAUUUCCCUCAAGAAGCUUCAUGCUUGCUUCAAUGGGUUUGUUCUUGCUGGUGUUGGCAAGCAGCAGCAAAACAAUAAGUACAAACUAUGAGAAGCCCAUUUAAUGUUUUGUGUCAAACGUA